AUGAUAGACCAUUUAAAGAGAUUUCAAAUCAGCACUCCAGAUGUGAAGCAUCUCCAUAUCCUGGUCCAUGGUCCAGUGGGAGCAGGGAAGUCCAGCUUCAUCAACUCCAUAGACAGCAUCUUUCAGGGGCGAAUGACCAGUGGAGCCAUAGCAGAAGCAUCGGCCGGCCACAGCUUCACAAAGAUUUAUAAAACCCACAAAAUGAAAGCUGGAGAAUACGGAUCCUACUUACCAUUUGUCUUCAGUGAUGUCAUGGGCCUGGAAAGAGGAGAAUUUGAAGGGGUGCAAAUAGAUGACCUCAUGAAAAUAUUGGAGGAUCACAUUAAAGACGGUUAUAUGUUCAACCCAAUAAACCCAUGUGCAGAGGGCGACAAAAGUCACAACAAAGAUCCAAGUCUGAGUGACAGGGUUCACUGUCUGGUCAGCAUCAUUCCAGCAGACAGUGUCCUCUGGUGUGCUGACAGCAAGAACAUAUCACAACAUGCCAUGCAGGAAAAGGACGAAGCCUUCAUCAACAAGAUCAAAGACGUCAGAGAACGUGCCAGCAAGAUGGGCAUCCCUCAAAUUAUCAUCCUAUCAAAAGUGGAUGAGGCAUGCCCAGAGGUCCACAACAACAUUAAAAUGGUCUACAGAAGCAAAAUGAUCCGUGAGAAGAUGAAACACUGUAGUUAUAACACAGGAGUUCCCCUAAACUGCAUCUUCCCAGUGAAGUGCUACCAUGAGGAGAUUGAUCUGAACAAGGACAUGGACGUGCUGCUGCUGUCUGCACUGAAACACAUCCUGAACCCAGCUAACGAUCACGUGGCAGAUAAAACUGGUGAAGUGGACGUGCUGCUGCUGUCUGCACUGACACACAUCCUGAACCCAGCUAACGACCACGUGGCAGAGAUGAAAAUACAAGACUGAAAGUCCCAUUUAAAAAUAUAUACUGUACUAUCAUUCCUCUUAUUGAUCUGAUACUACCUCUCUCUGUCUCUCCCAUGCACACACACACAGACACACACACAGACACACACACACUCACAUGCACACGCGCAUACACACACACACACACACACACACACACACACACUUUACAUAAUAACUGAUUUCACUAGUUUUAUUACUUAAUUAUUUAAAUAUUCAUUUAACCAGGACAAACCAUUUUAAGCAUUAACCCACAGAUUUUUAAAGGGCAUAUAAUCUGUUUAACAUAAUAUGUGACCCUGCAAGGCGAAACCAGUCGCUUUGGUAAAAUUUAGAAAUUUAAGUUAUUGUGCUCAUAUCAUGAAUGGCCAUAAACUAAGCUUUCCAACAAUAUGUAUAUUGAGGGUAUUGCAAGUAUCGCUAAGAUAACCGCAUCCAAAUUUGCCGUUAUAACCCGUAUGUUUGUUUAUCGUGGAUUUUCUCAAAAUAGCACCAUGCGCAAAGCGACUGGUUUCACCUU